AUGGAAAACAAAUGCUGUGGUCAUCGUGUUCUCUGCUCAUUGUCAAAAAUAUAUACAUUCCUUCUGGGAGCCAUCUUCAUUGCUUUAAGCUCAAGUCGCAUCCUAUUGGUGAAAUACUCAGCCAAUGAAGAGAACAAGUAUGAUUAUCUUCCAACUACUGUGAAUGUUUGCUCAGAACUGGUAAAGCUUGUUUUAUGUGUGCUUGUGUCAUUCUGGGUUAUAAAGAAAGAAGAUCAUCAAAGUAAAAACUUAAGAUGUACUUCCUGGAAGGCGUUCUCCAACUUCAUGAAGUGGUCCAUUCCUGCCUUUCUUUAUUUCCUGGAUAACUUGAUUGUUUUCUAUGUCCUAUCCUAUCUUCAGCCUGCCAUGGCUGUUAUCUUCUCAAAUUUUAGCAUUAUAACAACAGCUCUUCUAUUCAGGAUAGUACUGAAGCGGUACCUAAACUGGAUACAGUGGGCCUCCCUCCUGAUUCUGUUUUUAUCGAUUGUGGCCCUAACUGCCGGAACCAAAACCUCACAGCAUAACUUGGCAGGGCAUGGAUUUCAUCAUGAUGUGUUCUUCCGCCCAUCCAAUUCCUGUUUGGUUUUCAAAGAUGAGGGGCCCAGAAAAGACAAUGACACAUCAAAGAAGUGGCCUUUUCCUGAAUCUAAGUGGAACACCACAGCCCAGGUCUUCAGUCACAUCUCUCUCAGCUUGGGUCAUGUUCUUAUUAUAGUCCAGUGUUUCAUUUCUUCAAUGGCCAAUAUCUAUAAUGAAAAGAUAUUGAAGGAAGGAAACCAGCUCCAUGUUUUGAUGGCCCAGGUCACCACUGUCAUCAUCACAACAGUGGCUGUCCUGGUGUUUGACUUCAGGCCCUCCCUGGAGUUUUUCUUGGAAGCUCCGUCAGUCCUCCUUGCUAUAUUUAUUUAUAAUGCCAGCAAGCCUCAAGGCCUGGAACAUGCACCAAGGCAAGAAAGGAUCCGAGAUCUCAGUGGCAGCCUUUGGGAGCGCUCCAGAGGGGAUGGAGAAGAACUGGAAAGGCUUACAAAACCCAAGAGUGAUAAUGAAUCGGAUGAAGAUAAUUUCUAA